AAAGAAAAAAACAGAAGAAAGCUUUAAAAUCCUUUGAUGUUGACAUGAAUGUUACCCAAUUCCCUUUUUGACGAUCUGUGUCCUUGAAGAACAACUUUUAUCAAACGAUUUUUUUGACAAACAAAAAAUGAGCUGGAGUAAUAUCGGCAACUGGUUCAAAACUCGAGUAACUUUGAAGAAUUUGUUCAGGCUUUUUCUGGGCCAACUUGUUUCUUUCGUUCUUGCACUUAUGAGCUUUACUUCUUCUUUGAUAGCCAGUCUUGGUGUGGAUGCGCCUAUCACUCAGACUUCCUUCACUUACUUCGCUUUAGCUGUGGUUUAUGGUAGCAUCUUGCUCUAUAGGGGUCAAAAGCUAAGGAUUCCUUGGUAUUGGUAUCUCGCCCUCGGCUUUGUUGAUGUUCAAGGGAAUUAUCUUGUUAACAAAGCCUUCCAGUUCUCCUCAAUCACGAGUGUGACACUGUUGGACUGCUGGACCAUCGUAUGGGCAAUAUUUCUCACAUAUUUCUUCAUAGGCACUAGAUAUUCUCUAUGGCAGCUAGGGGGUGCUGCUCUUUGUGUGCUUGGCCUUGGUCUAGUGCUCCUCUCCGAUGCAGGGGUGGGCGGUGGAGGUGGUUCGAAACCAAUUCUUGGAGAUGCACUAGUAAUUGCUGGCACUCUCUUCUUUGCCAUGAGCAAUGUUGGUGAGGAAUUUUGUGUUAAGAAGAAAGACCGAAUCGAAGUGGUUUCGAUGAUUGGUCUUUUUGGGAUGCUAGUGAGCGGUGUCGAAUUAUCCAUAUUUGAGCUAAAGAGCCUGGAAUCUGUAACAUGGUCUACAAAUAUAAUACUAGGCUUUGCUGGAUAUACCUUUUCAAGUUUCAUGUUCUACACUAUCACGCCCUUUGUUCUCAAGUUGAGUGGAGCCACGAUGUUUAAUCUGUCGCUGUUGACGUCUGAUAUGUGGGCUGUGGUGGUUCGCAUCCUUUUCUAUCGCCAGCAGGUUGAUUGGCUAUAUUUUGUUGCAUUUGGAGUUGUAGUGAUCGGACUCGUCACCUAUUCGACAACUGAAAAGGUCCCUGCAACAGUGGUUGAGGAUGGAAGCCAGAGUGUUGAAUACCAAGAGCUAAAUGCUGAAUCAAGAGACGAGUGUUGAGGUUCAUGUCCAAAGAAAGCAAUGGGAACAACCGCGUGCAGGCAGGUGUUUUUGUUAAAUGCCAUUUCUUUCCUUUCUAAUUACCACCAAAUGUGGUUGGUAUUGUAAUCAACUGGCCACUUCUUUGGUUAGGGAGGAACAAGAUGGUGUUUAGUGGUACAUGUCCCAAUACUAUUCAACUUACAAUGGUUCUCCAUGGAAACAUUUUCUUUUGGCCUGCCGCCUGCUGACUCAUAAUAUCAUAUCCCCACCGAAAA